AUGUAUAUCCUGGCGGCUUUGAGCUCGCGCAGUUUCGGCAAUUCUAUUGUGCACACUUAUCCUUUAGUCUGUUCGUCCAGAAUCUGUACUAACCACUGUACAGCAGACAAGACUUCUGGACUUGGGUUACAUGUCGGGAUCACUGGAUACUCAGCGCCCAUCACGCUGCCCGACGACAUCAUCAGGCUAAGCAAGCGGGUUCAGCGCAGGUUUGGUUUACACUGCUCGCCCGACAAAAAUAACAAAGACGGCACGCACUCCCCAGUCCAUCUUAGUGGAGAAGAGGUUGAGCGGUUCACCAGCUUCAAGUUCCUGGGAGUCCACAUCUCGGAGGACCUCUCCUUGACCACCAACACCUCAGCCCUAGUCAAGAAGGCUCACAAGCGCAUCUUUUUCCUGAGGAAACUGGCAAAACUCCGCCUAUCCUCCCAGGUGCUAAUGAACUUCUACCGUUGCACCAUCGAGAGCAUCCUCUCCACCUGCAUAUCAGUAUGCUACGGUAACUGCAUGGUCAAGGACAAGCAAUCACUGCAGAGGGUGGUGAAGAUCGCACAACGCAUCAUCAAGAUGCCACUCCCCUCCAUAGCCUCAGUCUAUGAAAAGCGGUGCCUGCGAAGGGCACGAAGCAUCAUCAGAGACUCUUCCCACCCCAACCAUACACUGUUUAUCCCCCUACGUGGCACCCGCUCUGGGACACGCUACCGCAGCCUCCCGGGUAGAACAAACAGGACUACACACAGCUUCUUCCCUUCAGCAGUGACGGCUCUGAGGAGGCAGGCCCGGCCCACCUCAGGGAAGGUGGUGAGGAAGUUCCUGUCUGACCCGGUGCAGGACUCCAGCUACAGACCUCCAUCUGGACGCCUGUACUCCUCCGGCAACGCUGCUCCCAACGGCACGCGGACUUCCUACCGGCGCUCAGGGAUCUUAUCCACCAGGAUCGCUCGCAACAAGUGGCAGUCUCUGGAGCGGAGGAUCACUGACGUCAUCAUGCAGAGGAUGACCAUCUCCAACAUGGAGGCCGACAUGAACCGCCUCCUCAAGCAACGAGAGGAGCUAACCAAGCGUAAGGAGAAGGUGAUCCGGAAGAGGGAGCGUCUGUCGAGGGAGGGUCCGGAGGUGGAGAAGGCGGUGCUGCCCAUCAACGAGGAGGUGGACGCACUGACGGCCAACAUCGACUACAUCAACGACAGCAUCGCAGACUGCCAGGCCAACAUCAUGCAGAUGGAGGAAGCCAAGGAGGAGGGCGACACAGUGGAUAUCUCCGCAGUGAUCGGCUCCUGUACUCUGAAUGAAACUCGGUUUCUGUUGGAUCACUUCAUGACGAUGGCAAUCAGCAAGGGCCUGCAGGCGUCUCAGAGGGAGUCCCAGGUGAAGGUGAUGGAGGGCCGGCUGAAGCAGACGGAGAUCACCAGCGCCACCCAGAACCAGCUGCUCUUCCACAUGCUGAAGGAGAAGGCCGAGUUCAACCCGGAGCUGGACGCCCUGCUGGGGAAUGCCCUGCAAGAGCUAGGUAACAUCCCGGCUGACAACGGGGACGAUAGCAGCAGCGAUGAGUCGGCACAGAGCCCGUCUGCUGACGGGAACACCAUGUCAUCCGACCUCAUGAAACUCUGUGGAGAGACUAAAACACGCGGCAAGGCUCGCAGGAGGACCACCACCCAGAUGGAGCUGCUGUACGCUAACAGUGACUCCGCCCCCGACGCCCCCCCCUCAGACUUCUCCGCCCCGAUGCUGCCGUUGGCAGAAACUCCAGAUGGGGGGGGGGACAUGGAGACGUCCGGCUCAUCAGUCAGGGACUACAGCGCUCUCUCCCCAGGCUUUUCCUCUAAAAUGGGCAGCAUUAACGGCUCCAGAUCUUCGUCAGUGGAGAGGCGAGCGCCGGAGCCGUCGCCGCUCUCUCGCAGGAAGACAUAUGACAAGGCUCACGCUGCGGCCGAAAGGGCAAAGGUCAAGGAGAUUAAACAGGGGUCAUUAACCCGUGCCAGCCAUUAAAAGCAGCCG